GCGGGAAGGGCCCGAGGAGGGGCGGAGCCGCCGCGGUAGGCCCGGGUGGAUUUAACUGUCUUCCCCUCGAGGUAUCGAGGCUGCCAGGCUCCAGCAGAAGCCCUUAAGGACUGUGGCGGGGUCUUUGCAACUGUUGGGGCUGGAGGAGGCUUCCAGCCGCGCCUCUAGGGCCUGGAAAACGGCCCUCCUCCUGCCAGCCCCCGCCCUCUCGGCUCGGGCGCACACCUCCCUCCCUGACGCAUUUUGCCGCACAAGCUAUAAUAUGGCGGCAGCGACGGCGGCCUGAACUCUAGGGAGCCAGGGUGAUUUUGAUGCUUCAUAAUCGCUAUUGUCAGUUGCCUUCCUCUGCUGUCAGGAGUAUGCAGACUUACUAGGAGCAAGAGGAUUGUAUCAGUUGUCCUUGAUUUUUCCCUAUUUAAAGAUUGAAGUAUUAAACCAUGGGAAUAAAGGUUCAGCGUCCUCGAUGUUUUUUUGACAUCGCCAUUAAUAAUCAACCUGCUGGAAGAGUUGUCUUUGAAUUAUUUUCUGAUGUGUGCCCUAAAACAUGCGAGAACUUUCGUUGUCUUUGUACAGGUGAAAAGGGGACAGGGAAAUCAACUCAGAAGCCAUUACAUUAUAAAAGUUGUCUCUUUCACAGAGUUGUCAAAGAUUUUAUGGUUCAAGGUGGUGACUUCAGUGAAGGAAAUGGACGAGGAGGGGAAUCCAUUUAUGGAGGAUUUUUUGAAGAUGAGAGCUUUGCUGUUAAACACAAUAAAGAAUUUCUCUUAUCAAUGGCCAACAGAGGGAAGGAUACAAAUGGUUCGCAGUUCUUCAUAACAACAAAACCAACUCCUCAUUUAGAUGGGCAUCAUGUUGUUUUCGGGCAAGUGAUUUCUGGCCAAGAAGUUGUGAGAGAGAUAGAAAACCAGAAAACAGAUGCAGCUAGCAAACCGUUUGCUGAGGUGCGGAUACUCAGUUGUGGAGAGCUAAUUCCCAAAUCUAAAGCUAAGAAAGAAGAAAAGAAAAGGCACAAAUCCUCCUCCUCCUCCUCCUCCUCAUCCAGUGAAUCAGAUAGCUCAAGUGAUUCUCAGUCAUCUUCUGAUUCUUCUGAUUCUGAAAGUGCUUCUGAGGAGAAAUCAAAAAAGAGAAAGAAAAAACAUAGGAAGAAUUCUCGUAAACACAAGAAAGAAAAGAAGAAGCGAAAGAAAAGCAAGAAAAGCGCAUCUAGUGAAAGUGAGGCUGAAAAUCUUGAAGCACAACCCCAGUCUACUGUCCGUCCAGAGGAGAUCCCUCCAAUACCUGAAAACAGAUUCCUGAUGAGAAAAAGUCCUCCGAAAGCUGAUGAAAAAGAAAGGAAAAAUAGGGAGAGGGAGAGAGAAAGAGAGAGUAACCUACCUAACUCCCAGCCUGUUUCAUACCAGAGGCGACUUUUAGUUACUAGGUCUGGCAGGAAAAUUAAAGGAAGAGGACCAAGGCGUUAUCGAACUCCUUCUAGAUCCAGAUCAAGGGAUCGUUUCAGACGUAGUGAGACUCCUCCACAUUGGAGGCAAGAGAUGCAGAGAGCUCAAAGAAUGAGGGUAUCAAGUGGUGAAAGAUGGAUCAAAGGGGAUAAGAGUGAGUUAAAUGAAGUAAAAGAAAAUCAAAGAAGCCCAGUUAGAGUAAAAGAGAAAAAAAUAACUGAUCAUAGGCAUGUGUCUGAGAGUCCAAACAGAAAAACUGAAAAGGAAAAGAAAGUUAAAGACCAUAAAUCUAAUAGCAAAGAGAGAGACAUCAGAAGAAAUUCAGAAAAAGAUGAUAAAUAUAAAAAUAAGGUAAAGAAAAGGGCCAAAUCGAAAAGUAGGAGUAAGAGCAAAGAGAAAUCCAAAAGUAAAGAAAGGGAUACAAAGCAUAUUAGACAUGAAGAAAAGAGGAUGAGGUCAAGGAGUAAAGAAAGGGAUCAUGAGAAUGUUAAAGAAAAAGAAAAGGCUGAUUCUAAAGCAAAAGAUCAGGAAAGGAGUAGAAGUAAAGAGAAGUCCAAACAGUUAGAAUCCAAAAGUAAUGAGCACGAUCAUAAUAAAAGCAAGGACAAGGACAGACGUGCACAGUCUAGGAGUAGAGAACGAGAUGUAACUAAAGGCAAACACAGUUACAAUAGCAGAACAAGGGAACGAAGCAGAAGUAGGGACAGGAGCAGAAGAGUGAGGUCUCGAAGUCAUGACCGAGAUCGCAGCAGAAGCAAGGAGUAUCAUAGAUACAGAGAGCAGGAGUACAGGAGAAGAGGAAGGUCACGGAGCCGAGAGAGAAGAGCAACACCAGGACGAUCAAGAAGUAAAGAUAGAAGGAGGAGGAGGAGAGAUUCUCGGAGCUCAGAAAGAGAAGAAAGUCAAAGCAGAAACAAAGAAAAAUACAGAAACCAAGAAGGUAAAAGUUCACACAGAAAAGAAAAUUCCGAAGGUGAGAAGAGAAUGUACUCUAAAAAUCGUGAUCAUAGUAGCUCAAAUAGUAACAGGGAAAAAAAGGCUGAUAGAGAUCCAAGUCCAUUCUCAAAAAUGAAACAAAGUAGUCAGGACAAUGAAUUAAAGUUCUCUACUUUGAAAAAUAAGGAGGAUGAAAAGACCAGAUCCUCAAUGGAAGAAGAAAACCAAAAAUCAAAGGGUCAAGAAAAUGACCACACACAUGAUAAAAAUAAAAAAUUUGAUCAUGAAUCAAGCCCUGGAACAGAUGAAGACAAAAGUGGAUGAGUGAGUUACAUAAACUUAUUUCCAUUCUGUCUCAAAUUUUAAGUUUUAGAGACUUGCUGAUGAAUCUCUUUUAUGUUGUUUUCUUCUCUUCAUUGUUUUGGGGUUAUGUUUGUCUUUUUUUUUUUUUCAAUGUGGACUUUAUUGAGUUGAUCUUUUGAUAAUCUGCAACCUGGAUAAUUUGUACUGCUAAAGUUUUAAUAAACUUGAAAUGAGAAAAACAUUUUGGUGUAAUAUUGUGUGCUGUGUGUUUAACUAUUUCAUGUAUGCAUUUUUGUGUUGCAACAAUCAGCUAAUAGCAAACAUGCUACACCCUAAUUUGUCUGAUCAGCCAGUUGGAAACAAGCAUAACUGAUUGUUGGAAUACAUUGUUACAAAAGCUUGUGUUACUCAUGAUUAAAAUAACUUUGGAAGCCACUAGAUAAAAGAAAUCUUGUAUAGGUUUUUCAAUUACAUUUAUAAUAGACGCUUGCAGCAGCAGCUUUUAAGUACAUGGAAGUGGGACCCUAAUAACUUGAUAUUAAGUCAUCACUUUGAUUUUAUAGUAAUUUGUGCUUUAAAAUAAAUAUUUAGUUAUUUAUAUUGUA